AUGUCGGAUUAUCUCUUCAACGGCGAGUCUCCUGACUCGUAUCGAAGCUCUCUAGAACCGCCCGCAGUUGACGAUUCCCGAGUUAGGAUCGAGGGGUGCAUGAUGGCCCUUUUGGAUGGCGACAAUUCUCGCCGUAUCGGCCUAUCGACGCCCGCGGAGCAAGGCGAUAACCGUCCCGGGAAAUCCGAUGCGACGACAGAAAGAGUCGUCAACUCCAACGUCCAGCUGUCGGGAUCUCUCUUUGAGGAUUCCGGAAUGCCGGAAGACGUCUUCAUGGCUGUCAUCGAUGCUUACUAUCAAUAUUGUCAUAACCAGCCCUACUCCUUCUUUCAUGAGGAGAACUUUCGGCAACGCCUGCGAGCGCAAAUGCUUGCAAAACAUCUAGUCCUGACCGUCGUGGCGACGGCCGUCAGAUUCUGUCCUGUCAUAUCACCCUGUAUAUAUAGGUGA